GUCUGAGGUCCCCAGCUGUCCAAAACAGUCAGCUUGACACAUGAGUGCUUAGUUUAGCACACAUACAAACACACAAAUACAUACACACACAGAAUCAUAGAUUAGAGCGCAAAUACAGACAUAUGCUCACUCUGAGCACUUUGGAAAUCACCUCAAGAAAAUUGAAAAUAAAUAGUGAAAGAGCGUCGCAAUUGACACAGAAACCUGGGGGCCUGAAGUGAGGAAGCAGCUUGGUCGGCUGGUUUGUUGGACUCAGAUCUGGAAGGUGUACAACGCUCCAGUGAUCGUCAUCAGGUGGGGCAGUACUGACAGCAUCAACCAAACAACAUGGACCAGGAGGAUGACAAAAACUCUGUGGAUAUCCAUGACAACCCUCCAGCUCCUGACAACUUUGUGAAAGAGGAGGGAGACACUGUCUAUUUCAUAUAUGAGGAGGAGGUGGAGGUGGAGGAGAAGGAACCCGAACCUCCACCACCUAUUGUCCGGAUCAACGACAAACCGCACAAGUUCAAGGACCACUACUGCAAGAAACCCAAGUUCUGUGACGUCUGUGCUCGCAUGAUAGUCUUGAACAACAAGUUUGCUCUAAGAUGCAAAAACUGCAAGACCAACAUCCACCACUCAUGUCAGUCCUACGUCGAGUUCCAAAAAUGUUUUGGAAAAAUUCCACCUGGCUUCAGAAGGGCCUACAGCUCCCCCUUAUACAGCAGUGACCAACCAGAUCAAAACAACCCAAACAGGAACGACCCUGUCUUUGACACCCUGCGUGUCGGCGUCAUCAUGGCAAAUAAGGAGCGUAAAAAGAAUGAAAAUGACAAGAAAAAUAUGAUGAUGAUGAUGGAGGAAGAAGAAGAAGAAAGCCAACAGCCCAAAGAGAGCGAAGAGGGAGGAGAAGGGAAGCCUGAUGAUAAGAAGGAGAAAGGAGGAGACAAAGCAGACGACAAGAGUAAGGGAACAUUCUCCCAUUCCCACUUUUUCCUGGCCCUCUAUCGCUUCAAGGCCAUCGAGAAAGACGACCUCGACUUCCAUCCUGGUGAUCGGAUCACUGUACUGGAUGACUCCAAUGAAGAGUGGUGGAGGGGAAAGAUGGGGGAGAAGACAGGCUACUUCCCGACCAAUUACCUCAUAAAGGUGCGCGCAUCCGAAAGAGUUUUUAAGGUGACACGCUCGUUUGUCGGGAACAGAGAAAUGGGACAAAUCACACUGAAGAAAGACCAGAUUGUGGUGAAAAAAGGAGAUGAGAAAGGUGGCUACUUGAAGGUCAGCACUGGACGCAAGCUGGGCUACUUCCCUGCUGAUCUGCUGGAGGAGAUCACUGUGACGUAAAAAAAACAAAAAAACAAACAAAAGGAAGUUAAAGGGCCUGCAGCACAUUGAAAUGUCACAUAUCCCGAACAUUCAGCAGUUUUCUUUAUUGGUGUAGUAUCUACUUUUGCUCUUAUUGUGAGGAAUGAUUAAUGACACAAAUUAAGGAUUUCAUGGUCUGAAAAGCCAUUUCAUGAAUACAUAGAUUGAUGUUGAUAAGGGACAAUCAGAUCAUGUAAUGGCUCUUUUGUGUAAAGGAACAGCAAUCCUCAGAUGCUUUAUGUAACUGUCUGCUGAUCACAGCAUUGAGGGGAUGUAUUACUAAAUGUAUUAAUUGAUAUGACAGGAUAAAAUGAACAAUGUCUGGCCUUAAUCUAUUAGAUUUUAGAGUUUUUUAGAUUAAAAAAGUUUUUAUAACAAGUAAUCAAGGGGAGAUUAAUGGUGAUGGCACUUGGGAAUGGGAAUGAAUGCAUUGUUAAAUCAAAAUGAAAACAUUCAAAAUUAUAAAAGUUCAGUUUUCUUUAAGCUACAUUGACAUGAAUAAAGAUAUUUUAUUCCCAUUUACCCUAAUUGUUAAUAAAAAUGACGCUGCUAUUGCUACAAUCUUUGAAAA